AUGUCUCGGAUCCGUCGAAUUCGUGUAGGAUCUGAUGAAAUCCUAUAUUGGAUCCUAUGUGAUCCGAGUAUGGGAUUGUUCGAUCUGGGACGAGCUCUAUUCAGUGGUAUACUCAGUUGCGACCUAGCUCCAACUUUGAUUUUUCGGAUCAGUACGUCCGUUAUUGGAAGCCUAAAAGUUAAAACUGGAGUUAUGGAAAAACUGAGCAUACCACUGGAUAGAGCUCGUUGA